CUGUACUCCUGUAAAAUCCUGUGCCGAGUCAGAUUACUGAAUAAUCCUGGCUGUAUUCGGUUCUGAAUGCGCUUGAGGUCCGGUAAUGUGAAGACGCUUCAUCGCCAUUUGUGUUCAAGUCAUCGGCAGCUGAAAAGACAGAAACUGAAGUCUGUCACCCAUAAGUGUUUUAUCUGCGAUCAUCAAGAAUGUUGUAUGCUACUUGCGUGUAAAAGGAUAAUACAUAAAACUUCCAGAACACCGAAUAUGUAUUCAUUCGCAGAGUCCAUCCAUCCAUAUUCGUAACCCGUUUUAUCCGGAGCAUGAAGGGUCGUGGGCCGGCUGGAGUCAUCGGACACGUCUGUACAAUUUCAAGGACACGUGGAACCGACUUUGGGCAGGAUGCAACUCCACCAUAGGGACCCUUCAAGCACUUGUCUCGCUAACGCAAUUCUCUAAGAAGUGGACAGAAAGUCGGAGUCCGCGGACACUGAGAGGACAUUCAGACGACACAGAAGGUGAGGCAAGGACUCGAGCCCAGCCUCCCAGAGCUGUGAGACAGCAGCACUUAAACAUUUGCCCAAAAUUAAAUAAUAGACCAUGGCGCAAUGUAUGAAAUCUCUGUGGAAGCUGAAAAGUACGUUUGUGCUAUUUUUCACCCCGCUGAUACUUUUGCCUCUGCCUCUCCUCAUUAAAACUAAGGAAGCAAGUUGCUCUUAUGUGAUCAUCCUGAUGGCCGUGUACUGGUGCACUGAAGCCAUGCCACUGGCAGUCACGGCCCUCCUGCCCGCCCUGUUAUUUCCUCUUUUUGGAAUCCUGCAGUCCAAAGAGGUGUGUGUCCAGUACCUGAAGGAUACUAACAUGCUGUUUCUUGGUGGGCUGAUGGUAGCUGUGGCAGUUGAGCACUGGAACUUACACAAGCGUAUUGCACUGAGAGUGUUGCUCACCGUGGGAGUUCGGCCUGCACUUCUAAUGCUGGGAUUCAUGGGUGUCACAGCUUUCCUCUCCAUGUGGAUCAGCAAUACAGCCACCACUGCCAUGAUGGUCCCCAUCGUGCAGGCAGUGUUGGAACAGCUGAACAGCACUGAGGUCGAAAGUCCCUGCAUUCAUGAUGGAGAGUACGAGAAUGAGGAAAAGAGCAAUGGAACACUUAAAGAUGUCACUGUAGUACCGAAAGACAUGGUCAUGACAGAAUCUGGCCAAAGUGACCCAGCUGCAGAAAGAAGGAAAAUGUGCAAGGGAAUGACUCUUUGUGUGUGCUAUGCUGCCAGCAUUGGAGGAACUGCUACGCUGACUGGUACUGGGCCUAACCUAGUGCUUCAGGGACAGAUGAACCAAUUGUUUCCUGAAAAUGGCGACGUCAUUAAUUUUGCUUCAUGGUUUGGCUUUGCCUUCCCAAACAUGGUUCUCAUGUUGACCAUAGCCUGGUUGUGGUUACAGUUUGUCUUCAUGGGGUUCAACUUCAGGAAGACAUGGGGAUGUGGAAUGGUGAAGUCGGAGAAGGAGAUUGCCGCUUACAAUGUGAUUAAGGAGGAGCACCGUCGCUUAGGCCCCAUGUGCUUUGGUGAAAUUAAUGUCCUGGCUCUGUUCACCUUACUCGUUAUCCUAUGGUUCACCAGAGACCCUGGCUUUAUUCCUGGAUGGGCCACUUUUGUUUUCAAUUCCGAAGCCGAGUUUGUCACAGAUGCCACUGUCGCUGUCUUCAUUGCUAUACUGCUUUUUGUCGUCCCUGCCAAAAGACCCAGACUUUUCUUCUGGAGACAAGCCAGUGGUGAUUCAGAACCUCCCAGUAGCAGUUCCACAACAACACUGCUCAGCUGGAGAGUGGCCCAGAAGAAGAUGCCAUGGAAUAUUGUCUUACUGUUGGGAGGUGGCUUUGCACUUGCUAAAGGAAGUGAGGCAUCAGGCCUGUCUAAAUGGCUUGGCAACCAGAUGACUCCUCUUCAUGCCAUUCCACCAUGGGCAAUAUCGAUAACCCUGUGCCUGUUGAUAGCCACCUUCACAGAGUGCACCAGCAACGUUGCUACUGCCACACUCUUCCUGCCCAUCCUCGCCUCUAUGUCCAAGUCAAUUGGCAUAAAUCCUCUGUAUGUGAUGGUGCCAUGCACGCUGAGCACCUCAUUCGCAUUCAUGCUGCCUGUUGCGACACCACCCAAUGCCAUUGUGUUCUCCUAUGGAUAUCUUCAGGUUGCUGAUAUGGCAAAAACUGGAAUCGUUAUGAACCUCAUUGGAAUUGCCUGUGUCACUUUAGCCAUCAACAGCUGGGGACGUCCAAUGUUUGAUCUAGACUCAGUGCCAUCGUGGGUCAACGCCACAGGUGUCUGAUUCUUUGGGCCAAAAGUAAGGAAGCCGAGAGCCAUCUCUGUUAAAAGUUUCUGAACAAGUUGAUGGAUGGGGUGUCCUUCAUUGCCUCCUGUGUGUCUUGAACUUGGUGAAGUGGAGUACCCUGGAGACUUGACUCUUUGCACAAUAAUGCCAAAGAAAUCAUGUGAGUGUGUGAGUGUGUGUGUGUGUGCCUGUAUGUGUGUAAGUUUAUACGUAUGGGGAGCGGGGCAAGAAGAAACAGAUGGAACUUUAUUAGUAGGUCAGAAAUUGUACUGUAGGUUUGGAUUGUUAUAUUUUUUAGCCCUUUUUCUAUAAUUUAAUCAAUGCAGGUGAAUUAUGGCAAGAGAAGAUUAGUCAUAGCAAUAAUGUAGCAAAUCUCAUGGGUAGAAGAAGACUAUAUUUAAGACUGAAAGUUCCAUCACUCACAUCAGGAUACAUAUAAAUAAAUAUGUGUUGUUUUAUUUUGACUUCUGUAAAUGGUACAAUUCCAUAGGGUCUUUCCAUUUGCAAUUUCAUAGCUCAGGUAUGAGAACUAGUUUGAGGAGAAAUAUUUUAUAAAUAUAUUGAAUCUUUAUCUGUCUGUUGUGGACUGGACAGCUUCAUCUUCAAUCCUAUGUAAUAUUUCACUGUCACAGAUACUUUUUAAAUUUGUUAACCAUUGUGAUUCAGUGCAUCUUACAAGAGGAUGAGCUUGUUGCCUUAAAUGUUCAUUGUCCACAAAAUUCUUUCUUGGGUUUGGGGCAUCUUUACCUUCUUUUGAUAUUUGUAUACAGGAUCACAGAGACCAAAUGAGCUUCCAUGGUGGUCUGCUGCCAAAGCACAUGAGCCACAAUUGGGCUAUCAGUCAAGGUUUUUGUGAAGUAAUGAGGUAUUAAAUGGUGCAGAUGAAGCACAAAUGUCAUAACCAAUGUGGCUAUUAGUCUCCUUCUGCUCCAAAGUUGGUUGCAAAGGGCUCAGGUUAUUUUUUAAACUCAAUUGCUCUUUAUUAUAAUUAGUGCCUUUUAUGGUGAGCACCAUCUUAAAGCACUUUACAUGAAAAAUAGUAUAAAACUGACACAUUCGUAUUACUGUAACUAGAGAGCAGGCUGGGUUAAUGACUUGCUCAGGGUCUCACAGUGAGGCAGAAGUGGGAUCUGAACAUGUGACCCUGUGGAGCUGAGGUAUUGCAGAGUGUGACUUUGGACGUUUAAAAAUAAAUUCUAUGUCUACCAUGUCCGAAAAAAAUCUAUCUCUGUGUAAAAGCUUCAUGUAUGGGGCUUGAUCACAGCAUCUUUAAUCACCUUCAUGUCCAUAAAGGUAGUCAUCAGUGCAUAGACUUCAUGCAAGUGAAAGUAAAUACUUCUCAUUACACCCUUUUAUUACAAUUUUUAAAACACUAUAAUAAGGAUAACCACAAAUAGUCCAAAAGCCAAAUAUGCUUUCCGCAUUUCUAUAUGAUAGACAAUAUAUCUGGGUCCAAAAUGUCACCCACAUCGUAACUGACUCGUUUCCCCAGGUAGCACCAAGUAGUUACCCUUUUUUAAUCUUUUAGUGGUGCACAUUAAUACACCAAAAAUAAAAUGCAGUAUUUUACACUGGAGAAUUACUUCUCUUUAUGCUUUAAAUAUUAAUGGAUGUCACUAGCAGGAGAAUUGUUUGAUUCUUAUCUACUGUAAGGAUGGCAGCAUGAGAAUAUUCUGGUCAAGUCUGAAGCAGAGCAGCACAUGUCACAAUAACUUACUUCAAAUUCCACCUGUACAUAUUUGUUGGCAUUUUUGACUUAAAGGUGGAGCACCAGCUGUAGGAGGAUCAGGUGAAUAAAGCAAAAAUAUGGAUGGUGAUGAGUGGUCUAGACUAAAGAGCUGUGGUGACCUCCAGCAAUUAAAAUCCAUAGCACAGAAGUCUCCAUCCAUUUCUGAGGCCAUCAUAUCCUUCUUUGUUUAGACUGAUCUCUUCUGGAGGGUUACAGCAUGAAUGGUUUUAGGUUUAUGAAGGAAUAAAUGAGCACCUUUAUGUCAUGUUAGUCAGGGCCAGUUACAAUGUCCACCCUCAAAGUAGUGAGUGCCUACAUUGUUCCAGAUAUUUUUUAUAAGCCAUCAGAGUCCCCAAUAUAACUACAUGACUCAAAUGAUUGUUUUAAAGACCAGAACUCUUUGUAUGGAGAAGUUCUUCUUGGUAGCCAUUUUGAAUGAUCUGUGUCGUUGAGGAUGUCCGUCAGUCAUUCAUUUGCUAACCUGCUUAGUCCUGAAUAGGGUCGUGGGGGUCUGAUGGAGCCUAUCCCAGGUAACACAGGGCUCAAGGCAAGCACAUACCCUUGACAGGGUGCCAGU